AUGGUCUGCAGUCAAGAGCAUGGUGAGAGGGAAGCCGAGAGGCCUCGUGGAUCAGGUGGUUUUAGUGGUGUUCCUUCCGAGGGUCAGUUCUACCAUAGCAGGGGACGUCCUUAUAGGCACGCCCAAACGGCUCAUCCAGUUCACCGUGGUUUAUCAUCCGGCCAUGGUUCAUACAGUGCACAUCAGGGUCACUCAUCUCCCAGUGCCCUUCCAACUCAAAGUUCGUCUCGUGCACCAUCAACUCAGGAUUCAUCUGUACCGGGUCCUUCUGAUAGUUAUUCUGGUUCUCGGGGUGCGUCUCAGUACUCACCGCCAUUCAUUGGGAGAGAUUGUUUUGAGUGUGGAGAAUUGGGUCAUAUCAAGAGGCAUUGUCCCCGCCUCUUGGGAGGUCCAGCUCAGCAGAGGAGUCAACCUACAACUUCAGCAUCGGUUACUUCACCACCUGCCCAACCAUCUGGGGGAGGAGCUCAGGCCGCUAGUGUCGCGCCCCCUUUUAUCCCUCCUCUCGCGGGGAGAAGUCCGG